AUUGCGACGGAAAAGGACGCAAAUGUUUAUAAUUUAAAUAAUAUUAUAAAAUGAAAGCUAUGAAUAAUAAAAUGUUGGAUUACAUUUUGUAGUAAAUUGUAGAAAAUUUUUAGUUUCGUUCCUAUUCAAUGAAAUUACCGGGCACGUUUUAUAACAAUGUCCACCCCUCUGCCACCGCAACAACAACGUCGUUCCGCUGGAGAGAAUAAAAAGUGCACACCACCAUCCAAUAUACUUACGAGAAACGGUGCACGAAAAGCCAAAAUACAAACAAGAGCUAUGUCUGCAGGUGCAAAGCCAUCUGCGGUAGUUGUUACUGCAAAAAGGAAGAAUUUUAAGAAGAAACAAGUUAUUGAUUCACUGGUAAAGGACUUUUACCAAAUUGCUAUGGAUUCCAAAGCGAUAGUCAAAGGUCCAACAGGGCUUGUAACAGAGCCUCGUAUGGCAGAGCACAGGUGUCUCUGGGACGACAAUUAUCCAGAAUGUCCUGAAAGGUUGAUUGGAGUUUUGGAAAGAUGUCGUGAGUUGAAUUUAAUACAACAAUGUAAGCAGUACCAACCAAGAGCGGCGACUAAAGAAGAAUUGCUCACUCUACACUCACCUUCUGUCUAUGAUACUCUGAAGGCUACACAUAAAAACGACAAUAUUGAAUAUUUGGAAGAAGUAUCAUCUAAAUAUGACGCGAUUUAUAUACACCCUAGUACCCACGAGUUGGCUUUGCUCGCCGCGGGCUCUACCAUCGACAUGGUAGACCGCAUUAUAACCGGUGAGGUGCAAAACGGCGCGGCGCUGGUGCGGCCGCCCGGACACCACGCCAUGCGCGCGGAGCCAUGCGGAUACUGCUUUUAUAACAACGUCGCACUCGCAGCUAAACAUGCCAUUGAUAAUAGAGGACUUAGUAGGAUUUUGAUAGUAGAUUGGGAUGUACAUCACGGACAAGCCACUCAACAGAUGUUCUAUGAGGACGAUAGGGUUGUAUACUUCUCGAUCCAUCGCUACGAGCAUGGGAAAUUCUGGCCUAAUUUACGUCAAUCUGACUUCAAUUAUAUCGGAGAAGGUCGCGGCAAAGGUUUUAAUUUCAACGUCCCUCUCAAUACUACCGGUAUGGGAGACGCGGACUACCUCGCGAUAUGGCAUCAGCUGUUGUUGCCUAUGGCUUUGGAGUACCAGCCACAACUAGUUCUUGUGUCUGCGGGAUUCGACUCCGCGUUGGGUGAUGAAAAAGGUGAGAUGCAAGUGACGCCGGCGUGCUACGCUAGUUUGGUGCACCUGCUGAUGUGCGUGUGCCCCGCGCUGUGCGUGGUGCUGGAGGGCGGGUACUGCCGCAGCUCGCUGGCGGAGGGCGCGGCGCUGACGCUGCGCUCGCUGCUGGGGCACCCGCCGCCCAUGCUCACUGCCACGGGGGAGCCUAGCGACUCGAUUCGCGAAUCGAUAUUAAACUGCAUCUACGUACAGAAGCCAUAUUGGCGUUGUUUCAAGUACCAGUCUACAUAUAGUGUAGGCAAGGUUCUGAAUGUCGACGACGAACUGAAAGAGAAGCAUAUAGUUGUCCAUAAGUGGGAGGGAGACGAAACGAGACCUGACAAGUUCGCUACAAGAGACUGCUAUCCCAAACAGGAUGAAAAAACAAUAAGGAAAAAUGAAGAUAGAUUAAAUCAUUUGAGAAUAGUAACGGAUCUGUCCUUACCUCAGCAUGCUGUGUGUUACAUUUACGAUGAAGCUAUGCUCAAACAUAAAAAUAUCUGCGAACCAGACCACGUGGAGUGUCCGGAACGUAUAAUGCGUAUCCACGAGCGACACCGCGACUUCGGUCUGCUGGAGCGCCUGCACGCUCUGAGCGCGCGCACCGCCACGGACCAGGAGAUACUGGCCGUGCAUACACAGAAGCAUCUCGAUAGGUUAAAAGAACUGGCGACCACCAAACUGCGUCAUCUAAAUAACCAGAAAGAUGAUUACAAUUCCCUGUACUUCCACCCUGAUACACUGGAGAGUGCAGCUGUCGCCGCCGGCUGCGUACUACAGACAGUAGACGCAGUAUUGUCUAAAGUGGCGAGUGCGGGUGUGUGCGUGGUGCGUCCGCCCGGACACCACGCGGAGGCGGAUAUGCCGAGCGGGUUCUGUUUGCUGAACAACGCGGCGAUGGCGGCCACGUACGCGGUACAAGCGCAUGGCGUCAAACGUCUGCUUAUCCUGGACUGGGAUGUGCAUCACGGCAACGGCACUCAGAAUAUCACUUAUGAUGAUAAUAGAAUACUAUACAUGUCGAUACAUCGGUACGACAACGCUGCGUUCUUCCCGCACUCGAAGGACGCGGACUACAAGGCGGUGGGGGAGGGCGCGGGGGAGGGGUACAAUGUCAACAUACCCUGGAAUAAGCGUGGUAUGGGUAACUUGGAGUACAUGGCGGCGUUCACGCAAGUUGUUCUGCCCAUAGCUUACGAAUACAACCCGGAGUUGGUCAUAGUUUCAGCAGGUUUUGAUGCUUGUAUCAACGAUCCUUUAGGCGGUUGUAAAGUUUUACCAGAAUGCUAUGGACGUAUGACUCAAAUGCUAAAAGGGUUAGCUGGAGGCAAAAUUAUCCUCUGCUUAGAAGGCGGUUAUAACAUAUCAAGCACUUCAUAUGCUAUGACAAUGUGCACCAAAGCGUUACUCGGAGACCCCAUAGAGUUAAACUACAACCCAGAAGAAGAAAUCCACUGGUCCGCUGUAGAAACUAUAAAUAACGUCAUCAAAACACAAAAGAAAUACUGGAAGAGUCUAAAAUUCCAGUUAGCGUUACCAAUAAAGAAUAUUCUAGAUAAACCAGCACCUUCUAGAGGGUUAAUAAUCAGUAGCCCUGUUCCACAAAAGCCAGUGUCAGCGAAAGUCACUUCUAAAGCAUCUAACGGUCUACAAGGAUUGACAAGUGAUAUGAUGAAUUUGAACAUAAAUAAAUGUACAGAUGGUAUACAUUGUGGUACUGAUGAUGAAGAUGACAGCAAAAUAAAUAAAGAUGCGGGUUGUUCGAAAUCUUCUGGUGAGGGUAGUUCAAGUGACAAAGAUAAAGGUAACAAAGAGGAAGAGAAACAAACUUUAGUGGAUUAUCUUUCUGAGAAUAUGCAGGCUUUAGUGGAUGGGGAGAUGUUUGCGGUGGUGCCGGCGCCGUGGUGCCCACACUUGGACACUCUGUUCGCUAUACCUGAGUCUGUAAAGUUUGAACAAGGUGUCAAAUGUGUGGACUGCGAUGAGAAGAAUGAAAAUUGGGUCUGUCUGCACUGUUAUGUUACUGCAUGCGGGCGCAGUAUAAACGGCCACAUGCAAGCGCACUACAAAGCAACACAACACCCGCUGGUCCUCUCACUACUUGACCUGUCCGUAUGGUGCAACGUGUGCGACUCUUACGUCGACAACCAACUGCUAUACGACGCUAAGAAUAACGCACAUAAAUGCAAAUUCGGCGAAGAUAUGCCAUGGUGUUACAAAACUGAUAUACAUCUGGCAUAAU